UCAAAAUCUGGGAGCAAAAAAUAAGCUAAAGGAGGAGUGGCUGGCUGGCUGUCGACGAAGAAGCUUCCUGGGAAACAAAAUGGCGGACCAUCAACAUGUAUGUGUAAACAAUGGUUGCCAGCGCCGGGAACGCAUUGUGACCAUGAUUUUAUCACAGGGACCAUGUUGAAAGAUGCCAAAAGCAGAGGAGACAUCAAAAAAAUAUUUCUCAGCAGCUUCAAGUGUAGGGUCAGAGAGAGAGCUUGACAAUUUGAAUGAUUUAAACAGUUUGACUUCCAGUGAUUUCAGAAGCAUGAGCUGGCCAGGAGACACCAGAGAUGGGGAAUUAAACAAUAAUGAAGGACAGCUUCCUCUUCGUCCAGGAAGUGGAAUACCUCCUCACCACCGACGUGCUGGUCAAGAAAAGCCUCGUAAAAGAGUAGGGAAACCGUCAAGUGUCACAUGGAGCAUUGAUGUGUCUGAGGGAAGACAGUCACCAGACAGUGAUAGGUGGACAAAGCAUGUGGACCCUCUGCCAGAGCCCCAAACUGACGUCCCGGUAUUUUCCGUUGCCUCGGGUGAGCGUUUGUCCCACUUUGACAACGCAACGUUUUCGACAAGGAGUACCAAUUUGUCAGAUGCUGAAUCUUACAAUGAAGAGCACACUUCUUCUGGUAAGAGAAGGUCCAAGAAGCGCAGGAGGUCAUCAAAAGACCCAAAGAAGAAAAAGCAUCUCUCUACUCACUCGUCGGGUGCUGAAAAUGGGCAGGUCAUGUCUCCAGCAGCGUUAUAUUCUCUGGAGUUAGCCCAGAAAUAUCCCUCUCAAAUUGCAUCUGACAGUAUCGCCGAGACUGUUCUUGAAAAUAAAGCGUCCGUGUCAAAAUCAGAACCAAUUCCUUCAUCACCCACCACAGGAAUUCCUGCCCCAGCAAUUAUCUCUCUUGCCUCUGCAGUUAAGAAUGAGGAUGGGCUCUUAGAUAUUGAAGCUGACUUUCUGAGGAAUCGUAAGGAGUCAGUUACGAGUGGUCAAAGUUUAGAACAGAGCAGGGGUCUUGUUGCUAGUGGGACAAGCGAGCUUGAGGACAGUUUCAAUGAUAUUCCUUUGAUGAAGAGACCUCAAAGUCGUGUGGGCAUGAAAAAACACGACAGCAAAUUGAUGAUCCAGAGUGAAACAGCUGCCUUCAUAUCAAGCACAAUAUUCCAGAGAGAAUGCAACAGAUUUGUAUGGGAUCGCAAAACAAACAGUGACAAAUGUUUCUGUGGGCGGGACAAAGUCUGGCAUCAGCAGAGAGCUAUUCCUGUCCCUGAUAAGACUGUGCUGCCAAAAGAGGCAAAAGCAGAAAUCUGGCACCCAAAGACCCAUACAUUUACAGAACCUUGUGACUCUUUUGGAGAAAUUCACUUCCGAGGCUUUGGCAGUAGUACACCCAACUCUCCUUAUGCUAGAAUUGACUACAAGACGCGACCAGAUUUGAUUUGGGAACUUUUGAUUGACUACUGGAAAAUGCCCAAGCCAAGACUACUCAUCUCUGUCACUGGGGGAGCCCAAAGAUUUGAGCUGAAGCCUCGUCUCAGCUCAUUACUCAAACAGGGAUUGAUAGGGGCUGCUGUGAAUACUGGUGCUUGGAUCAUAACUGGUGGGACUGCCACGGGUGUGAUGGAGUUUGUGGGGGAGGCGGUGCGGGAUCACAUCACGGUGUCGGGCCGAGGCAGAGAGGAGUGUGUGGCGCUCGGAGUGGCCACCUGGGGCUGUGUGGCCAACAAACUGGUUCUGGAUGGAGAGGACGACGAAGGAUUGUGGCCUGUGACUUACGCCAUUGAGGACGUGAUGAAUCCACCUAGGGGCUCCUCUGCCCUCGACCGGAACCACACCCACUUCCUCCUGGUGGACAAUGGUACAGAUGGCCAAUAUGGGGCGGAGAUCAAGUUUCGCUCCGAACUGGAGAGCUACAUAUCAAAAGUUGGGACAACUGGAGUUUCUGAGAGUCAAGUGAUUUCUGUUCCUGUGGUGCUCAUUGUGGUUGAGGGAGGUGUUGGCACGAUGGAGACGGUGUUUGAGUCUUUAAACCGUCACACCCCAGUGGUUGUGAUCAACGGUUCAGGAAGAGCUGCAGACUACAUCAGCUUGGCAUACAACCUCACCCGAAACCCGGCAAAUGAAGACUCGUCGAGAAUGCCCCAUGAUUUUGAUUCUGUGAUGCAUCUGGCUGCAGAGAGAAUGUUCACCUGGAAAGAAAAUGAUACUGGCAAAGAGAAAAAGCUGCAGAGCUGCAUUUACUUUCUAAAGCAGUGCUUGAAGAGACGAAACCUGAUCAACGUAUAUGACCUGGAGAAGUCAGAUUCAGUGAAAGAUAUUGAUCGUGCCUUGCUUUUUGCUUUAUUGAAAGCCAACAAAUCCAAGUGUAAGUCUCAGCUUGCCUUGGCUCUUGCCUGGAACAGAUGUGACAUUGCCAGGCAGCAGAUAUUCACCAGAGAAAACAGAAGUCGGUGGGAGAUCAAGGACCUUUAUGACGCCAUGUUCACGGCUUUGGUACAAGACAGGGCAGACUUUGUGGAGCUGUUUCUGGAUAAUGGUGUGGAUCUGAGAAAAUUCCUGACUGUUAGGACACUGUGGAAUCUCUACUGCAAUUGCCUUGGUGAUGCCACGGAUGCAGAGGCGUCUAUCUUGAGACAUCUGAUCACUUACUGUCAACAAGGUUGGGGUCAGUAUCUGAGAUGUAAAGCUUUGGAGGAUUGGAAGGAUUAUCCGAAGAGCUCCUUGCUGCUGCUCUUGAACAAAGUCAUUGUUCACCUUCUGAGGGAUGAGUGUUUCAAUUUUUACAGUGAUCAUGAACGCUUUUGGAUAUCAGAAGAUGAGAAACCAACAAUGGGAUGGAAAGGUGAUAUGGCAACCAUCCAACCUUUACUGGAACGUAUGUCCUCACUGGGCAAGCCUACUGCAGAGCAGGUGCGGGCCUUAGAACCCGACCAUGACCCAGAUGAAGAAGAUGUACAGGGCGUAGCAAAUUAUCCUGGUGCGUUUCGAUCUCGGAGUCGACGUCACAAACAAAAACUGAAGGAGAAUUUUGACUUUGAGCAUCCUGAGAGGGACCUGUUCAUCUUUGCCAUUAUGUUUAACAGAAGGAAAAUGGCUCACCUCUUCCUCAACUUGGGUGUUGAUCAGAUCGGCACAGCGUUGCUAGGGUGCUCUCUCCUCAAGGCUUUGUCGGACAAGGCAGACAUGGACGAGGAGGUCAGCAUCAGUGUCAACCUCUCCCAGCACGCUCAGAUGCUGGAGACCUUUGCCAUCUCUGUGCUGUCAGAGUGCUACACCCGGACAAAAUGCGACACUCACCUGCUUCUCACUCGCGAACUGAAGCAGCUUGGUCACAUGACCGUGCUCAACCUGGUGGAGAGACAGGAGCUCAUGGAGUUUGCGGAGCAUUCAGCUUGUCAGACAAAGCUCUCCGACAUCUGGAAAGGCAGCUUGACCACACAUACUUCUGAGGGGAAGAUUCUCAUUACGAUCUUGCUACCCUUCCUGAUCUUCUUGAUCAAAUUCAAAAGCUCUCGUAAUUGCACCAGUGAAUACUGGGGAAGUGUGUCAGACCAGGAGAUGGUGGUCACAGAUAACAACCUAGAACCAGUGGAUCCGGAUGGUCAAGCGACUACGAGCCCUCGGUUUGCUAGGUCCAAGACCCGGAGGGUUGAUAGCACAAAGAAAUCCAAUUAUUCCGAGGUCAGGCUAUUUGACUGUGGUAGAAACAACGGCAUCCACCUCCUCAAGGCCAUCCACAAGUUCUACAAAGCCCCUGUGACCAAGUUCUACACAAACAUUGUUCUCAUAGGUGAUCAGCGGUCACUAACCUACAAGAUCAGGAACUGGUGGACUGAUUACUGGAAUCGCUUUGACUUCAUCAUGUACCUAUUGGUCGUUGUGUCUGUUGUCCUGAGAUAUAACCUCAGCUCCUCUAGCUUUGUAUGGGUGCGCAUCAUCUACUCCAUCACUCUGGCCAUGUCUUACCUCCGCUGCAUGCAGUUCUUCUACGCUGAGAAGAACAUGGGGCCCAAAGUUAUCAUGAUCCGGAGAAUGUUGACGGACCUGAUGUUCUUUUUCCUGAUCCUGUUGGUGUUUGUUCUGAGCUUCGGUGUUGCGUACCACGCGAACAUGUUUCCCAACGCCCCGCUGGACUGGUCUGUCUUUUUCAAUGUCUUGUACUACCCAUACUUCCAGAUUUAUGGGGAACUCUUCAUUGAAGACUUGAGAGGUGAUGAUUCUAAUGGCUGCACCAGAAAUGAAACAAUCUGGAGAAAGGACCCCAUGAAGAGAUGUGGAGACGAGACCGCCAUUGUUCCGAUCUUGUUGGCUGUCUACAUGAUACUGACCAAUGUCCUGCUGGUCAACCUGUUGAUUGCUAUGUUCAGCUACACAUUUCAGACUGUGCAGGAUAAUUCUACAAAAGUGUGGAGGUUUUACCGUAUUGCCUUGGUCUAUGAGUACUUUGAUCGGCCAUCUCUGGUUCCUCCCAUCAUCAUCAUCAACCACAUCUUCCGCCUCUUCCGUUUCCUCGUCUACUAUAAAGGCGGUGGCUCCAAGAGGAAGAAUGCUUUCCGAAGUCGCUUAUCAGACGAAGACAACUUGAGACUGACGCUGUUAGAGAAAGCCUGCACGGAGGUCUACCUAGCACACUCCUCUCUGAGGCUACGAGAACAGAUGGAUCAAAAAGUGUCAUCAACUGCUGACAGGCUGGAAGUGGUCAUGACAGACUUGCAGAGGAUCAAGGAGGCUGUAGAAGUUCAAGAACAGCUUCGUCUGGCAAGCAUUCCAGAUAGUAGAUCGGGAGCGAUGACACCUGUGUUGAAAAAAGAUGAUCUCAGACGUCUCGACUCGCAGAUGACAAUGUCCUCAGCUGCAUGGAGCACUCCUCGUGAUCAGGACGUCUCCUCAAUGCAAACUCAACUACGAGAACUUCAAGAUCAAGCAUCCCAGAAUACCAUCAGGCUCACUCAGCUGACAUUCUUGCUGGAACGUAUCGUCUCCGAGCAGAAGCCUGGCUCGUUGCUACAGCAGCGGUCGGUGGAAGGUGACACAGAUGCGGAUGUUGGUGGAAGAACCAAGCUGUAGAUGUUGAUGUUGUUGUCGAUCCAGCUGUAGAUGUUGUUGUUGUUGUUGUUAUCAAUGAAGCAAAGAUGUUGAUGUUGUUGUCAAUCCAGCUGUAGAUGUUGACAAGUAGAGUUUUUGCCCUUUAAUUUGUUGGUUUGAUAGAGGUUUUUUGGCACUUGCAACUCUUUGGGUUAAAUAAGUCUCAAGAUUUUAGUUUUGUUUUAUUAAGAGUUUUAUUUAGGUCAUAUAAAUGCCAAAGAUUAGAGGUGUUACAAGAAAGUAACAUGCAAAGAAAAGGAGUGAUAAUGAUUGUUCUUAUUGUAUUAGUAUAAUGAGGGUGAUUGUCAUUUCGGACACUUUUCUAAAAACCUUUAACAAAUUUGAUUUCAGUUGAUUCGAUUUGCAAAAUGUAAGUGUAUUUGUUUUUAUGAGUUUAGGAACACCUGAUUCAUGUGCCUGCAUGGUGGAAUGAUAGCUGUCUCUCUGCGAAGAUAACAUGGGAUGACUGUCCUUUGACGAUAUGUUGCAAUAGAUAUAUGAUCAUGUUGGAGAAAACAAGGGAAGGCCAGCAAUAUGAGUCAGUUGUUGUUGGCCAAAAAUGUCUUGUUUUGCUGUACCAAGUUUAAAGACGUAACAUUUUGAAGAUGAGCAGCCAGAAAGACACGAUUUGUAGAAACCUGAGGUCAAUCUGUGCCGAGAAAAACUGAGCUGUGUUCCGUACCAGCUGAACGACUCACUUUUCACAUAGAAAUUUAUCGGAUUUUUACAUUUUUUAAUACUGAGCCAAUAGAAAAUAGAUGUAGUGUUUGAAAGGUUGGAAAAACCAACUCUCUGUUAUAAGUAAUUCUAACCCUGCCACUCUUUUGACCUCAGUCAUGACUGUACUGUAUGUAAGAAAUGACUCGCUAUAAUGAAGAGGCACAUGCAUUGAAGAAAAGCACAAAUGUGGGGUAGUCACUAAAGACUUAUCAAAAGAGAUUCAUCAAUCUUCUCGAGAAAAAGUUGUUCUGUACCUUGUACUAUAUGAAACGUUUUUGUACUUUUUGUUAUAAAUAUACUCAUGUGCCAAAUGAACAAUUCCUUGAAUUUGAUUGGUUCAGCUAAAAGUAAGCUGAUGAGGGGUGGGUUCGAUUGAAAGGGAGGAGAGGUGUCCAAAUUGAUACAACAAUGUAAUGUGGCCUCAUUGUUUUCUCAUUGCAAUUGUGUUCAAAUUUCUGCUAAUGAUCACAUUGUUUGAAGGCACCGUCCGCAAGCUGUGUAGCUUGUUCCCAAGUUUUCUUGUAAAUAUAUUUUCUUUUACUCCUGCAAUCCUGUAUACAGUCAAACCUGCUUUAACAGCCACCUGUCCAACACAACCCUCUAUCUGUCCAAACAACUACUUUCCAAUCCACCCCCCCUCCCCCUCUUGCAUUUUUGUUCCCUCCAUUAUAAUGACUCUGUUUAAGAGGAUCACCUGUCUAAUACCGGGUGCACAUUGCGGGUGGGAUUGGGUCGGGUCGGGUUGAUCGCCCAACUCGUAGUCUGAAAACAAACGC